AUGACUAAAGAGGCCCAUAUAACUGGGCCGAAUAGCCCACAAGUGUUUAGGAUAAUGCUGAUUGGGCAGAACAAAUCCACAGAGAGAGAGAUGGCGGUCGCGGGAAGGCUACAAGGCGGUGGUAAUCUUCCGUCCGGAAUCCGGCAACUUCCGCCGUCGACGACCAUCAUCGCCAGGAGCUACCACAAGAGACCACUCCGACCACCGCCUCCGCCAAUAUUCAUCUCCACGAACCCUGCUCACGUGAACCCUGGCCACCUCCAGGACCUUUACCGCCGCUGCAACCACUCGUGCCACCGCUUCCCCCGCCUCGACUCAGACGGCUGCGUCGAGCCCGUCGACCUCCUCAAGCUCCGCGUUGCUCUCUCCCACAGCUCCGUCGUCGUUUCCGUCUUCUCCAAACCCGACGUCGUUGCCUCCUACUCUUCCUUCUCGAACGCUCCCGAUUCGUCGCUGCAGCUUCCAGCACCGAUGAGCGUGGGAGGUAAUUGGCUCCAGAGAGUGGCGCCAGUUACGCCGGAAAAUGGCGAGUUGGUCGGCUUUGGCCGAGCGGUUUCCGAUUGUGGAUUGACUGCUUCGAUCUACGAUGUCGUGGUUCUUCCUGCCAUGAGAGGAAUGGGAAUCGGCAGGAUGAUAGUUCAAAGAAUCAUAAGAGUGAUGACUGGUAGAGGCAUCUAUGACAUAGCAGCCCUUUGCUCGGAGGAGGAGAGGUUACUUUUUGAAGCAUGUGGAUUUGGGAGCGAUAUUUUGGGAUCUACGACUAUGAUGUAUGCAAAGACUGCUAGCGGCCAAGGGAAUGAGAUGGUCAAACGCAUUGGUCGACGGCUGUUGUUAGUUCCACCAGAGAGAGAGAGAGAACCCUUAAAAUCAUAA